GACAACAUAUUGCAGUAGCAUCUGGUGCCAUUGCCAAUCCUAUUUAGCCUUUGCCGUUUCCAUCAACAAUUAAUAAGAAACCCCAAGGCCAAGGUAGAAGAUUCAUAGAUCCACAAAAACAGGCCAUAAAUGGAAGCAGAACGCAGCCUGAGUAGAAGGGCCUCCUCCUCAUCGUCAUUUCGCCUCCGCUGCCCCAGCCUCAACUCCGUCCGUCUGCGACGCGUCUUCGACAUCUUCGACAGGAAUCACGACGGCAUCAUCACUGUCCAAGAGAUCCAUCAGGCCCUCACUCGUCUAGGCCUCGAAACGGAUCUAUGCGACCUCGACUCCACCAUCAACUCUUUCAUAAAACCAGGCAACACCGGCCUCACGUACAACGGAUUUGUUGCUUUGCAUCAGUCGUUGGACCAAACUUUGUUCGGUUUGGACUUGGAGGAAAAGGCGGAGGAGGAAGAAGUGUCGCAAGAUGAGUCGGAUUUGACGGAGGCGUUCAAGGUGUUCGACGAGGACGGUGACGGGUUUAUUUCGGCGCAGGAGCUGCAGGCGGUGUUGGGGAAACUGGGAUUGCCCGAAGGAAAAGAGAUUGGCAGAGUUGAGAAGAUGAUCUGUUCCGUCGAUCGAAACCAUGACGGGCGUGUCGAUUUCUUCGAGUUCAAGCACAUGAUGCAGAGCGUUGUCGUUCGUAGUUCUUGAUCAUCCUCCAUUUAAUUACCAAUUUUCUUUCUCUUGCAAUCUAAAUAUGUAUGUUUUCGA